CAGUCCCCCCACCCCCGAGCCAACGGCAAAUCCAACCCGGGAAGAGCGCGCAGUCACCGGCCUCGUUCUCCUCGCGUGUCCCGUCCGCCCCUGGAGCUCGCCGGCUCGCUAACUGGAAGUAGUAGUGUGGGGGUCCAGGGGGCGAGGGGAGGACUGUUGGGGGGCGGCGGUACGAGGGAGGGAGGGUCGACUGGGUGGCUGGUGGGUCGGUCCAUGGGAGGGACUAGCGCAGAAAAAGAGGAGGGGGGCGGUGGAAGGAGGCGUCUGCUAGGAGGCUGUUUCUCUCUCCAGUCUCUUCCCCGUCGUCUUUGUCUCGCGCCACUCUUUUGUUUAGCCAUGCCGAGCCUGCUGGUGCUUGCAGGGAUCAUGGAGAAAAACGGGGGCUACGGCGCCGAUCUAGCCGGCUCCGCUUUCGGGGGCGAGGCAGGUCUGCUGGGGCCCCCAGACGACGACGAGGAAGACUCCCGCGCCCUAAGGGUCGCGCUCGGCCAGCUGUCGCUCCUGGGGCUCGGCGAGGGCGAGGACGGUGGAGGAGGAGGUGGUGGAGGAGGAGGUGGAGGUAGUGUUGUUAUCGGCGGUGGUGGAGCUCCGACGAGCGGAGUGCAAGACCGGAGCAACAACAACAACAACAACCACCACAACAGUGGAGGAGGAGGAAUUGGGGGAAUCGGUGGACUUGGAGGCGGAGGGGACGCGUCGAUCCUCCAAGGCAAGAGCAAGUUGUGCGCCCUGUACGAGAGCUCGUCCGGGGAGCCCAAAGGACGCGGCUGCAACAUCACCGAAUGCGUCCCGGUACCCAGCUCCGAGCAUGUUGCCGAAAUAGUGGGCAGGCAAGGUUGCAAGAUAAAAGCCUUGCGGGCCAAGACCAACACCUACAUCAAGACCCCCGUGCGAGGCGAGGAGCCAGUGUUCUUGAUCACCGGCCGCAAGGAGGACGUGGCCCUGGCCCGCCGCGAGAUCAUAUCCGCCGCCGAGCACUUCUCCAUGCUCAGGGCAUCGCGCAACAAGCUGGGCGUGUCCUUCAGCGGCUCCCCGCCCACCCCGCUCCCAGGCCAGACCACCAUCCAGGUGAGGGUGCCGUACCGAGUGGUGGGGCUGGUGGUGGGCCCCAAAGGCUCCACCAUCAAGCGCAUCCAGCAGCAGACCUGCACGUACAUCGUCACGCCCAGCCGGGACCGGGACCCCGUCUUCGAGAUCACCGGCUCGCCCAGCAACGCCGAGCGAGCCCGCGAGGAGAUCGAGGCGCACAUCGCCUUCCGGACCGGAGGACUGCACGACCACAACAACGAGAACGACUGCCUGGGCCCCAACGGCGGCAGCAGUCCGGCGGGGAGCAGCGGGAGCGGCGGCGGCGGCGGCCUGGAGAGUCGACUCCAGCAAGUGUGGGGCCUCCAGGGGGGCCAGCGGAAACCCCUCACCAGCAGCUACCGCCAAAACUUCUCGGACGCCCUCGGGGGCGGCGAGGGAGUGGGGAUCUACAAUAAGGGAAAUUUCUCCAGCUCUGGAGAAAAGCCUUGCUCCUUUUUCGGCUCGGAGGGCGCCCAGAGUUGGGGUGACCCCGACUACCCCAAGCAGAUGGCUUUCUACGCCCAGCAGCGAUCCAAGAGCUUCGGAGGGCUCCCGCUGCCCCUUACUAGACUCUCGCCGGGGCUCCCGGAGCCGCCGGCCAACUCGUCCGUCGGCGGCAUGGCGUCGGGGUCGCCGCACGCGCAGGCUCGCCGCGCCCACAGCGAGCCCACCUCGGCAGGGGAGGGCGGCUUCCCGGGACGGCUCCCCGUACCGGACUCGCCGCCGGCCGUGCGGGAUUGCAUGACCUGCUUUGAGAGCAAAGUGACGGCCGCCCUGGUGCCCUGCGGCCACAACCUCUUCUGCAUGGAGUGCGCCAUUCGAAUCUGUGAGCUCAACCACCCCGAGUGUCCCGUGUGCCACACGCAGGUCUCUCAGGCCAUCCGAAUAUUCUCCUAAGGAACCGCGUCCCUUUUUUAGACAGCUGUUUUUUUUUCUUCUUUUCUUUUCUUGGUCUCUUGUUUGUCGGUCGGCUAAUUAGUUGCCCUUAUUACGGUUGUUAUUAUUAUUAUUCUUAUUCCUAUAAUUGCGAUACAUUUUUCAUUUUUCAGGAAAAAUUUUAAAACGAUCAAGCAGCUAUUUUAGAAGGCACUGCUUGCUUUACUAAAAAGUAUAAGAAAUAUUUUUCAGUUUUUCUUUUAUAUACAUAUAUAUGCAUAUAUAUUUUAUAAAAAUUUUGUUUAUAAGAGAAGCAUUGUACCUUUUCAGGUUUAGAUUUUUUUUUUCUUCAUCUUUUUUGUUUUUUAAGAUGGGACUGCUGCUGUUAUUCCUAAAUGCAGAAUCACAGUGUAGGCCGACAAAAUGUGAACAUUUUAUUACUGCUAUUCCAUUUUUUUUUUAAAUGAUCACAACACCAUGAAGUGGGAUUAUAUGGAAGGAGGAUUGUUCAAUUCACACCGCACCACACAAUCAUCUUGGGUCUAAAAGAGGGUUGUUAAUCACACUUUUUGAUGGUAAAUGAAUCAUUUUAUUGUGCUUUGACAAUAGAAAAUGUGAAUGGAUUUUAUUCAAAGCACUUCUUCAAUAGUUAUACUGUACUCUUGAUUUUUUUUUUUUUGUGGGGGGGCAUUACAUUGUUAUUCGCCAUAUUAUCGGUGCCAUUGUUUGGACCAGUGGCUCCCAAAAUGAGCGAAUGUUAUUCAGUGGAUGCUCGCCUUCCCCUCGUGGUUUAAAGGACUCCUUUUACUUGCCCACGACACCCCCCCCCCGCCACCCAAAAAAAAAGCCUUUGAAAUCGGACCAUUUGGCCUCGACGAACACCCCUCCAAACCACUUUCUUUUUAUUCUCACUCGUACAUUCGCCACGAGAAGAAUGUGAGCAAACGUCAUGCAGAUAAGACGAGAAUUUGUUUUUGUAUUGGGCGUCUGGCUGCAGCAGGUGUGGGGUUAUCUCGACUGGUCCCCCCCCCCCCCCCCCCCCCGUUUUGUCUCCCUUCUUUGACCACAUGUUCCCCUUCCCUGGGCUGCUUACAGCGUGACCAGCCCCCCCUCUCGGAUUGAGGAGCGUUAUUGUCCGUGGGUACUCGGACAGCGGGGCCUGGCGGGCACUCUUUUGAUAAUUAAGUGGGUUUGGUCCAGGUGCGGACCGGAGGGGGGAAUCCAACCCCCCGCUGUCGUGCCCAACCAACCCCUCUAUCCCCCCACAACAUACGAGAUUUGAAAGCCACACUAUUGAUGAAAAACAUGUGGCCAUGUUAAAAAGAAGGCACUGUCACGAGGUGUAGUGUGAACGCCCCCAACCUCUCCAGCCUAACCCCUUUAUUACAGCCCCCCCCCACACACACACAAAUGCACCAACUGUGAAAUUCAAAACAGGGUUUACGUGACAGAUCCAAAAAGGCCUACCCACUGACCCCCCCCCCCCCACCCCAGCUACUGUAAGGGACAUCCAGCAGCUGCCCCUUCGCUAUGGACACUGGGGGCCCCAGCCAAUGGGAGACCCCCGGCCUCCUCCUCCCCACUCCCCUGCCCUAGCUUGAAUGAAAUCAGGCAAUUGUAAUUGACAGGAAAAGCGGGGGAAACACCCCAUUUAACUCGCCCUCGCUCUGAAUCAAAUUAUGCUCUGGGCCCAGCACUGGGGGGGGGGGGGACAAAUGGGUUAUUGCGGGGCUUAAACUGUUGAAUUAAAGAGGGGGACUUGUCGGUAAGCGAGGCCAUCUAGGGGCGGGAAUGGUCAAGUCCACAUUAUGGCGAACAAUACUAUCUAAUUACAUGUUAAGGUGUGUGUUGAUAGCCACGAUGCAUCAUGACAUUUACAGCACAAUAAUGACGCUAAUUAAGAAUAACACUCCCAACUUUUGCUGUCAAAGUAUUGCCGGAAGAAAUCACGAUCUGUUUCCAAUCAGCUUGAUCGGCUGUCUAAGCUGCUGUCAGAUACAAGAGGGGCAUAUUUACAUGAUUCUGGGUGGCUGUAGUACUUCUUCAAAAUAUUGAGAACUGAUGAUUGGUGUAUCCGCCCUGUGAUAAAGGCGCAAUGUAUCAUGAUAUCAAUAGAUCAUCGUAUCCCUAUCGCCUCGACUUAAGGCUUCAAACUGUUUUACAGGUAAUGGGGAUUGAUACCCAAUGAUGCAAUGUAUUGCAAUAUCACUUCCGCUUGAGCCUUCAAACUGUUUUAAAGGUAUCAGGUAUCAUAAUUUGCUGAUGAUACACUGUAUUGCAAUAUCGAUACAAGAGAACACGUAUCACCUCAGCUUGAGCCUUUAAACUGUUUUCAAUUCUGGUAUCAGGUAUCGAUAUCUAUUGUGUGUCUACUGAUACAGUGAUAAUGACGUGAUGUAUCGCGAUAUCGAUUCGAUAUUUUGUACAACCCACAGAGAAGACGUCCGUUUCAUUUUAAAUUGUGUCCCAGCCACAUCCUUCCCUCAAGAGACCCCCCCACCCCCCACACCCCACCCCCACCCGUGGCCUCCUCUUAAGAGCCAAACACAAAGCAUAGCACGUGUAACACUUACAAAAUAAAAGUAACUUAAACUCUAGGACAAGAUAGUAGAAAUAAAGAGUAUCAUUCUAUGGAGAAAUUGCACAGCACAGUCAAAAAAAAUAUUCUUAGUAUUUUUGUUUAUGCCUUAAUGUUACACUUUUUUUAUUCCAAUAAUGCCAUUCAGGCUGACACAUUGGCCUUCCAUUGCACCAACCCCUUACAACAACUUUUCAAAGUUAAAGAAUGUGAAUCACACUUGGCUAAGGAGGGGGUUCAGGAAAUGACACCCUUAACCCGUCUGUUAUGUCGCGGGUCAAAUUGACCCGUUUUAUUGUGAAAGAGAAGUAAUAUGAAGUAGUUUUGGGGUUAUGAAAAGUCACAUGUUGGCUGUGAUGUUUGUAAUGGAGCUAAUAAUGACUUUUUUUUCUGUUUCUGACCCUUUUGGCUAAAUUACAUGUCACGAGUCAAAAUGACCCAAGAACAUUACUCCUGUUCCUGAAGACCUUACACUUACACUUACAAAAAUAAAUAUGAAGAGUAAAGCACCUUAUUUACUAAGAGAAGAAGCGCAUUUCAUGAAUACCAAACCGACCACUGAUGGUGAAAUAUUUCCUAGAAUCUAAGACAUGCACAUGAGGAUUCCCUUUUGUUUUUGUUUAUGUUGUAUUUCUUGUCGCUAUCACGACAAGAGAGGGCUGCCUCUUUAUAUCCGAGUAUUCAAAGACUCUUUGUAAAUAAAUAACACAUUUAUUUGCGCAUCGGACGUCCGGCUUCCACAAAGCUUUUACUACUCCAAUUUAACACCGGGAAAAAAGAGAACAUCUUAUUUUUAUUAUUAUUAUUAUUGUGUUAGCCAUCACUUUGACACAAAUGUUAGCCUUUAUGAGAUAGAUCCAUAGGUUUAAUACAUAUUAUUUCAAGGGGUUAACAUAAUCAGACACUUCUAUGAUAUCCCUUAUGAAGCCUGUACUGUAAAAAUCUGAAAUACAUAAAGGUUCUGAUGAAUUAUAUGUGUAAUAACAAUAAUAAUAAUAAUAACAACAAUAACCCCUGAAUGAAGACACAAUUUUCUAUGUACAUUAAGAUGAAGCAAUAAACGGUAAUAUUCCAUUCAGACUACUUUGACUAUUAGCAUUUAAGCAUUUGGUAGCUUGUCGGAGCUCUUUGAUUCGUAAAAAACAAAAAACAAAAAAAAACUUCAGGAAAAUUGCUGUGCUCUUCAGGGUCUUUUUUUGCGUGAUAUGUUGUAUAUUAAGCACUCGUUUCAGGAUUUCUGAACGGCAAUGAAAAGACGAGAUUGGAUGCUAACAAUGCUAAUGACGCUAACAAGUGUCUUAGCUUUUAGCGUAGCUUCCAGACUUCGCCUCUGCUUUGUAUUACGGUCACAUGUAGCCAAAGACCAACGUAUGACCAGAGCCAACUUAGUAGUGUUCUAAAUGCGAUAUCGUACAUUGUGAAAGCAAAUCUGUGAAAACAUAUCAGGUCUGGGACGCCCCACAAUCGAGUCAUAUUUCAUGUGUGGGUCACUAUUUCCACAAUAGGGGUGACGUUAAAAACAAGGACAAUUUUCAGAGUUGACUUUGGAGUUUUACAUCGCAUGCUAGCAAGAUAUUGUACCGUAUAGCUAAGAGUUAACCGCAUACAAAAAGCUUUACGACCUCAAGGCUUCCGUGGGGUUUUCCAAAAUGGCAUACAGCAUCGCAGCAUAGUUAAAAUUGUUACACAAAAAUAAGAUUGCUUAAGAAAUGUGCGUAAGUUUCAUUUGUGCAGCUCGGGCCGGUAUGAAAUACUUUGCAUCGAGACACGAGCGACUUGAAAUGGGCGGCGGAAACGGCUCACAGCGACAUUCGAGUCGUUCAUUUUUCCUUAGUAUUAUUUUUUACAAUAUUGUAUUACGAUUUUUCCGUUGUAGUCAAAAUAGGAAUUGUUGAUGGGUUUUUUUCUCGCUAUGAAAACGGACGUAUGCAUUUAUAUAGAAUCCCUUUGAAGGAGUGAUAGGAAAUCCAUAUUCUCAAUGGAUGCACUUAAGCAAUUGUAACCAACUUUUUACAAAAAUCGAGCAAGUAAUGCAUUUGAAUGUAUGAACAAAACUCAACCUAAUGCACUCCUUAUUUGUUUUAUUACCAGCUUUAAGUUUUUGUUGUUUUUUUUUUCCUUCGGAUGGAGUUUAGGGGAAAGAAUUUGUGACGUGUUUUCAAUAUAUUUGAGUUGUUCAGGAUACAUUUAUAGAAAGUAAGUUAAAAUGACAAAGAAAAAAAACAUUACAGUUUUGUCAAAUCUAUUUUGCUAACAUUGGUUUUUAUUUCUUAGAACGCAGAGUGUGGGGGCGGGGGUAAGGAAACAAAAAAAAAGUCAGUAUCUGGAUGUUAUUUAAGAAAACAAACCUAUUUAAAAGACCUUUUGUUUUGUUUUUUAAUUCAAAUGACAAGAAGUUAAUAUAUUUCUAAGCAAGGUGGGGGAAGUCAGUUUCUACGUAAAAAAAAAAAAAGUUUUAUUUAUGACAGUUAUGGACGCCGGUCGA